AUGGUCAAGUACGUGCUCACGGGUGUCGGGGGCAAUAUCGGAGGCCAUGCUGCUGACUACGCAGUCGAGACCAAGAACGCUGCGGAUACUUUGGUACUCACGAGCUCAGAUAUCUCGAAGCUCGACCCUGCACGCGUUGCAGCUUGGAAGGCAAAGGGUGCGAUCGUCGAACAAGCUGAUUACUUGGACGUGAAGAGCCUCGAGCGAGUGUUCACGGACGCGUAA